UCUUUAAAUCAGAUUUUAAACUUACUCCUAACCUACCCCUAACCUUAACAACCCUGCUUACCUUAUGCAUAACCCAAACCUCAGAUGAAGACCCAAAAGCACAUUUUUGUAGCCAUAUUGUGACUUUGUGGCUGUGGAAUCUGACUUUGUGGCUGUGUUAUUUAGUGGAACUCCUCCUUCACUGAAGACAGCGACGUGAGCAGCGAAGGCCGCGUUAUGACUCCGUGACGCCCCUGGUGUUCAGUAAAGAGAAACACCGUCAGCUGCAGAACAGGAUGGCGUUUCAAACAUCAGGAAACGCCCACUUUAGUUUAUCGCACGUGUCAAUAAUGUUUGGUAUCAAGUGACCCCUUGCGAGACGCGCGGAAGUCAAUUAACGGGAAUCGUUCUCCGAAUACAAGUCCCUUGUCUGGUUGAGGCCUCUGUGGUAAGAUGGAGUGGCGAGAACAGACCAGUGUGACCUGUGAAGACGCCUUCACUGAGGCUCAACGGUGGAUGGAGGAAGUGACAAAUAAAUCAUUCGGAAGCAACAACUUCCGCUCUGCUCUGGAGAAUGGAGUCCUGCUCUGCCAUCUAAUCAACCAGUUGAAACCAGGCCUUAUUAAGAGAGUGAACACGCUGUCUACUCCAAUGGCCGGACUGGACAAUGUGAAUGUGUUUCUGAGAGCGUGUGGUACACUCGGUCUACACGAGGCUCAACUGUUUCAUCCUGGAGACCUGCAAGACCUGUCCACACGCGCUACACUCAG